AUGGUGGAUUUGCUGCUUCAUGGCAAGCCUGUGAGCAUUGAGUCCGCCAUUAACUCAAUUGAUACAGUCCGAAAACUGAAAGAAGAAAUUUCUUCGCGCUGGGAUGUUCUCGUUUCGUGCCAGCUUCUGUCUUUUGCUGGAAAGCAGUUGCUGGAUGACGCACCUUUGCCGAGCACGAGCGCGCAGCCAGUGCGUGUGACCGAUUUCUGGCCGUUGCGCAAAAAGAAAACCGUUGUGGAAAUCGAAAAAACCGAAGAACGUGGCAUUAGCUUGAAGCAGUUGCAGGAUCUGAUUGCAUUCUUGCAAGCAGAAUCAGAGGACGGCAAAUUGCCAUGGAGGUCCCGCGAGACGAUCCUCGAGGUGAAGUCGGUGAACCUGUACCAGAUCGCUGAGUGGACCAUCAAACCAGCAACAUCUGCAGACUCCUGCAGCUACGUUGAACUUGUGGCCACCAAUCCAGCAGGACAAGUUCCCACUUGGUUUAUUAGCCAUGCCUGGGCCGAGCCGGUCUGGGAAUUUGUCAAUUGCGUGGCUCGUCAUGGGCAAUUACGAGAUUUGCGUGAGACAGAUAAGCCUCCUGAGACAUCUGAGUUUUAUGACGAAGUUGAUUCUGGACUGCGCUCCAUUUUUGCCUUGGCUGCUUUACCUGCAUGUGCCAAGGGCGGCUUGACCAAAGAGCUUGAAAGCAUUGCUACUGUGCUUCAAAAAGACACUAUGGACCGCGAAUCUUUGAAUUUGAACCUCACAGACAUGAAGCAGCUGACGGAUGAUCUACUGGAAAGAUUAGCGCCAACUCUACCUCCCAAGCUCCAAGAACUUACUUUGCACCUUGCAAGAUGCGAACAAGUGACAGACAUAGGUGUCAAGAGAAUUUGUGCUUUCAUUCCCAAAGCAUUGACUUUUUUGAUUUUCUCCCUUCAUGGAUGUCAGAUCACAGACGUGGCGCUUGCAGAGAUUGCACGAGCUCUGCCGUUUUCAAUGAAGCGCUUGAGAUUGAGCUUCGGCCUUUGCAACUCCAUAACCAAUAUUGGACUUCAAAAGUUGGCCAUGCCACCGAACCUGACGUUUCUGACAUUGGAUUUUGAUGGCUGCCCUCAACUUGGAGAUGAUGGCCUCGUUGCAAUCAUCAAAACCUUGCCCACAAGCUUAGAGACUUUAAAUCUGAAUCUCAUGGGCUGUCAUGGCGUGGGUAACAAGAGUCUAAAGGCACUGUCUCAAAAAAAACUUCGUUUGCAUAAACUUGACCUUUGCUGCUUCGCAUGUCACAAUGUGAGUGACGAUGGCGCGUCAGUUUUAGCAGCAAAUCUUCCGAAAAGUCUGCAGCGCUUUGCCCUGGACCUGAGAGGAACACAGGUCACAGAGACGGGCAUCGCUGCGAUGGUCACAGAAAAUUUGAAAGAAGUUGAUUGGUAUUUUCAGACCAAUGACAUCACCAAGCACAUUGAUUCCUUGCAAGAGCUGCGGGAAUGGCACAAACUGCAGAAACCUUUAGCAGGCGCAGCAGGUCCUGCCCUGCGCAAGACGAAGAAGCAGUGAUUGAAACAUUCAAAGGAAUCUUGGCUCAAAUCGCAAAGCGAGAUCGCCGUGCAGAAUG